GGAUGCACCAUGCACCUGUAGUUGGGCGGAAGCGUGCUUCUGCUGAGAGGGUCACGGACGAUUUACUACAGGAUGAAUUUCCUUGCUUCAGUGGUUUUUUUAAAAAUGAGAAGCGCUCAAGCUAACAGUGUGUGUUUUGCCUGUCUUCGUACAUCCCCGGAGGUGACACGGACCUGAACAUCGCACUUGUACAACAUCGCGUACGGAUGCCAACACAGCGCGAGCGAGCUGUACGAUAUGCUAUAGCUAGCAACGGAGCUGCCGUCAACUUUGAUUUAAUAGUUUACUAUAUUUGGAAAAUGGGGAUCCUCGAAAAGAUAUCGGAAAUCGAGAGAGAAAUCUCGCGCACCCAGAAAAACAAAGCAACUGAGUACCAUCUUGGUUUGCUGAAGGCUAAACUAGCCAAGUACAGAGCUCAGCUGUUGGAACCCUCCAAAUCAGCUGGGGCCAAAGGGGAGGGCUUUGAUGUGAUGAAAUCUGGGGAUGCUCGGGUGGCUCUGAUUGGUUUCCCCUCUGUGGGUAAGUCAACAUUUCUCAGUUUGAUGACUUCUACGGAGAGCGAGGCAGCCUCUUAUGAAUUCACAACACUGACAUGCAUCCCUGGAGUUAUCGAGUAUAAAGGGGCCAAUAUUCAGCUUUUGGAUUUACCUGGAAUCAUUGAGGGUGCUGCCCAAGGAAAGGGCAGAGGAAGACAGGUAAUCGCCGUUGCCAGGACGGCGGAUGUCGUCAUCAUGAUGCUGGAUGCUACGAAGGGCGAUGUUCAGCGGGAGCUCUUGGAAAAAGAACUGGAAUCCGUCGGAAUCAGACUUAAUAGGUCGAAACCAAACAUUUAUUUCAAGCCUAAGAAAGGAGGAGGACUAUCCUACAAUUCAACUGUCCCUCUCACUAUGUGUUCUGAGAAACUAGUACAGCUCAUUCUUCAUGAAUACAAAAUCUUCAAUGCUGAGGUUUUGUUCAGGGAAGACAGCACACCGGAUGAAUUCAUCGAUGUCAUUGUGGGGAACAGAGUCUACAUGCCUUGCUUAUAUGUGUACAACAAAGUCGAUCAGAUCUCCAUGGAGGAUGUUGACCGGUUGGCUCGGAGACCUCACAGUGUGGUCAUCAGCUGUGGGAUGAAACUAAACCUGGACUACCUUCUGGAGAUGCUGUGGGAGUACCUGGCCCUCAUCUGCCUUUACACUAAGAAGCGAGGAGAGCGGCCGGAUUUUAACGACGCGAUCAUCAUGAGGAGAGGAGCGUCUGUAGAACACGUGUGUCAUCGAAUUCACAGAACAUUAGCAAGUCAGUUCAAGUACGCGCUGGUCUGGGGAACAAGUACCAAGUACAGUCCUCAGAGGGUCGGACUCACCCAUAUCAUGGAGCAUGAGGAUGUCAUCCAGGUUGUGAAGAAAUAAGAGUGUGUGAUUGGUGCAAAGGUCAGGCCAAGUGGCUGCGAUGUGUGCAUGGGAGGACUGCACAGAAAAAGCAUCCAUUUCUUACAAAAACAAAGUCUGAUUCUUAUUUUCUGGGUGCCAGAAAAAAAUGACUUUGGAAAGAAAAUAACCAUUUCAUGCCAGAGGUUCUGAAAUCCGCAUAUUUUAUUCACCGCAGCAUUGCAUGAAAUUCAUUUAAAGUGAAAAAUAUAAAUAAAAUUAAAAAAAACUUUAAAAAA